UGGCCCUGGGAAGAGCACAGGAAUGGGCACUGGGAUGGGCACAGGAUGGCACCAAGAUGGGCACAGGAAGGGCCCUGGGAUGGCACACCUCCAGGACAGGGACAGGGUGGCCAUCAGCAGGAAUUCCCUCCUGGAAAGGCCUGUCAGCCUUUAGAACUGCUCAGGAAGGCAGCAAAGAAAAAAAAAUCCCCAAAUCCUCCCCCAGCCUGCCACUCAGACCCCUCCCCGUCUUUCCACACCUCUGGAAGGUGCAAACCCCCCUAAUUUGGGGUCUCCACCUUCUUUCCUGGCUCCUGGCAGGUUGGAGAUGCCCAAGGACGAGCUGCCCAACCACAACUGCAUCAAGCACCUGCGCUCGGUGGUGCAGCAGCAGCAGACGAGGAUCGCCGAGCUGGAGAAAACCUCGGCCGAGCACAAGCACCAGCUGGCAGAGCAGAAGAGGGACAUCCAGCUGCUCAAGGCCUACAUGAGGGCGAUCCGCAGCGUCAACCCCAACCUGCAGAACCUGGAGGAGACCAUCGAGUACAACGAGAUCCUGGAGUGGGUGAACCCCCACAAUCCCACCCCAGACCCCCAUCCCUGA